AUGAAGAGCGGAUUCGUUUUGGUCUCCUGUCUCCUCCUCGUCUGCACAGGUCCAAUACUGGGAGAAGAAAAUAAAAAAGGGAAAGAAACCCCACACAAGGGCGAUGCAGAUAACAUCAGCGACCAUGAGUUAAAAAAUCUGAAAGGGAAAUUGCAAACUUUGAAGGUACAAAUUAAUGAUGAGAAAUUACCAAAGAAAAUUACCGAAGAUCAAAUUUUGAUGUUAAAAAAAAAGUUGGAGGAAUUUAAAAAUUUGAAAAAAGCUCAAGAUGCCAAGAUGGCGGCCCAGAGGGGGAAGAGCUCACACGGGGACAAGGAUGAAUUGGAACUUAGCGAUAAGGAGUUCGCCUGGCAGAAUGUCACCGGAAAUGAGGACCCAGUAAUGGUGCCUAGAAGUGGCCAUGGUGUAGAAGGAACAAAUGAAGAGGAAAGUAAAGAAGGGAAAACGGUCCCUUCAGUUAAUGCAGGUGCAACUCUUAGUGUAAGUGAACCAGAUUCAUCCGAAUCCACAAGUGAAGUUUCUUCAGGGCCAAGCAAUGAACCCGCUGGGGGCGACUCAGUUGUUUUGAACAAUUCUCCACAGCCCACAAACCCAGCGGAACCAUCCGUGUCAACCGGGUCAGCCGCAUCAACCGGGUCAACCGCAUCAACCGGGUCAACCGCAUCAACCGGGUCAACCGGGUCAACCGGGUCAACCGGGUCAACCGCAUCAACCGAGCCAGUAAGCCCGAACCAGAAUGUCAAGCCUGCAGGGAAAAUCCAUCACUUCGACUUACUGUACGACAACUUGCUUGCAGGAGAAAAUAAAAAAAAUAUGAUGGACGAAGGAGAGCAUCACAGUGCCUACAACAAUUUUAGAAAGCAGUACGAUCAACUCAUCCUAAGUCAGACUGAAUACGACAUCUGCUUGAAGCUUCUAGAUACGAUGCUAUCAAAUGGAAUGGUGGAAGAGGCAAAGAAAAAUGCGCUAAAAGAGACGUUUAAGAAAGCAAUGUACGAUAAGGAUUACGGUGAGAAGUUUAAAAAUCUCAUCUCCGGAGUUUAUGCGUUCGCUAAGAGAAACAAUUUUUUAGAUGAGAACAAGGUGAAGGGACAAGACUACAACAAGUUGUUCGACUAUAUAUGUAGCCUGAUGAACACUCUUCUGCUUUAG